UGGGAUUAAAAGGAAAAGCAGGGAGCAGGUUGUUCACCUCGCAGCCGGGGCGCCAGCUCAGCUGGGAUUUUCACGGUGUCAAGCGGCUCGCCCGGGGAUUUAUUAAUGGCAGAAUUGUGAAUGGUUUGUGUGGAAAUGACCGUAAAGAUAAUCUGCCACGUGACAGGACACCUUCCACUAGACCAGGUUCCUACAAACGCCGUCCAAUUAGUGUGUUAAACUAUUUUUUUGGAAAUGGAGGGAGGAUUAGGACAAUGGAUUUAAGGGAAAAAAACCCAACCAAACACCAGCCGUUUGCACUUUACUAAUUAACCCUGUGGGGAUGAAAUAGGCAGGUGGAGGGGAAGGCAGAAAUUAGUGCUGAAACUUUUGCAGUGGGUUCCCCUUGUCUCUGAAGCUCGGAAUGUAAAAAUGUUUGCAUCAUCCUGGUGUUACUAUAAACCAAAUCUUGAAAUCAUGAUGCAAUCCGAAAGCUCAGGAAGCAGCUCCUUUAAGUCACCCACCAGCUACACUGACAACCUGCCAGGAGGUUGUUAGGAGUUGUGCGACUCCUAACUCUAAAUGAGCGUCUCAGGAAUCCUGUGGGCCCCAGCUUGCCAAUUCCCCCACUGUGAUAGUCAUGGUUGGCCUCCCAGCCCGUGGCAAGACCUACAUCUCCAAGAAGCUGACUCGUUAUCUCAACUGGAUUGGUGUCCCCACAAAAGUUUUCAACGUUGGGGAGUAUCGCCGUGAGGCUGUGAAGCAUUACAGCUCCUAUGACUUCUUCCGUCCUGACAACGAGGAAGCCAUGAAAGUCAGGAGGCAAUGUGCCAUGGCUGCCCUGAGGGAUGUGAAGCUGUACCUGACGGAGGAGGCCGGGCAGAUUGCGGUUUUUGAUGCCACCAAUACCACGCGGGAGAGGAGAGGGAUGAUCCUAAACUUUGCCAAAGAGAACGGAUUCAAGGUGUUCUUCAUUGAAUCUGUCUGUAAUGAUCCCAAUGUGGUCGCCACCAACGUCAUGGAAGUCAAAUUGUCCAGCCCAGAUUACCGGGACUGUAAUUCCACUGAUGCCAUGGAGGAUUUCAUGAAGAGGAUCAAUUGUUACCAAGCCAGCUACCAGCCCCUCGAUCCUGAUGACUAUGACAAGGAACUUUCUCUCAUCAAAGUCAUCGAUGUUGGCCGGCGGUUCCUGGUCAACAGGGUUCAGGAUCACAUCCAGAGCAGGAUUGUUUAUUACCUGAUGAACAUCCACGUCCAGCCCCGCACCAUUUACCUCUGUCGGCACGGGGAGAGCGAGUUCAACCUCAAGGGGAGGAUUGGAGGGGACUCUGGCCUCUCCAACAGGGGCAAAAAGUUUGCAGAGGCACUGAACAAAUUUGUGGAAGAGCAGAACCUGAAGGACCUCAAAAUUUGGACCAGCCAGCUAAAAAGAACAAUCCAAACAGCAGAAGCUCUCCAGCUGCCCUAUGAGCAGUGGAAGGCACUCAAUGAAAUCGAUGCUGGUGUGUGUGAAGAAAUGACCUAUGAAGAAAUCAGGGAUCAACAUCCAGAGGAAUUUGCUCUGCGUGAUCAGGAUAAAUAUUACUACCGUUAUCCUUCUGGGGAGUCCUACCAAGACCUGGUGCAGCGCCUGGAGCCAGUCAUCAUGGAGCUGGAGAGGCAAGAGAACGUCCUUGUCAUCUGCCACCAGGCUGUCAUGCGCUGUCUCCUGGCGUACUUCCUGGACAAGAGUGCAGAUGAAAUGCCCUACCUGAAAUGUCCCCUGCACACAGUGUUGAAGCUGACCCCGGUGGCCUAUGGCUGCCGGGUGGAAUCCAUCUCGCUGAACAUUGAAGCAGUCAACACGCACAGAGAUCGACCAGAGGAAGCAAAGAAGGGACCUAACCCGCUCAUGAGACGUAAUAGCGUUACCCCUCUAGCAAGCCCAGAGCCCACCAAAAAACCUCGCAUCAACAGCUUUGAGGAGCAUGUGGCUGUUUCUUCUGCCCUGCCAGGCUGUGUUCCUCAGGAAGUGCCCACGCAGAUGCCGGGACAAAACAUGAACAACUCCCAGAAGCCGUCGUGACUCCGUGACACCGCCGGCGCUGCCAGCUUCUCAUCCCAUCGCCAUUCCCGAAGCUUGCUCACCCUCCGGGCCCCUCCAGCUGUGGCUGUAGUGAGCCCCACCCUGGGCUGGCUCUGCUCAACGCUGCCAAUUCAUCCCCAAAACCCCGUGCUGCUCAUGGGGGGAUGCAGGAGAGCCGAGGAGGAGCAGCCCAGCUCCCUGCCGGGGUCACCACCAGCUCUUCAGGCUGCAGCGUUUGCUCUCCUCUCCAGUAUCCUGUUAGGUCGUAGCGAGCUGUAAAGUGCUUCUGUAGUGCACAGGAGUUUCAUUUUCUCUUUUCAGUGGUUUUGAUCUUCUGUAUAGAUGACUGGUACCCAUCCAUCUCCGGGUGGGGUGUGUAUAUAUGUGGAUGGUGCGGGGUUAGCAGAGAAAUAGGGGGAAGGGAGGGGGGUGGGUAAAGGGGUUUUGCAUUUUUUUUUUUAUUAUUAUUAAUGUUGUUAAUUACUUUUGAAUAAGCCCCUAACAUGCUGUGCUGCAGUCCUUCACCCACACUACAACUGGUCACACAUGCCAGCCUGGCUCAUGCAGAUCUGUGAGCACCAGGAAAGCAGCUGUGUGAAUUCUUUCACUGCAAGAACUGCUGGGUUUAAUAAAAAAAAACAACCCAUUCUUUCACUUUUUUUUUUAAAAUCAACAUACCUUAAAGGGUUUUGCAGAGAAUGUAGAUCUGCUGCUAAAAUUGGUUGAAAGAUGCCUGGAGUGCAUGAGGAACCAUGCCAGCAGGGGCUUGGGUGAUGCUUUCAUCUUGGGGAGCACCCAGGGAUCGUCUGAGCUUAGGCAUGGGUUGAAUUUUUGGGGAGGCUGAGCACUGUUUGAGGUGCUGUGCUGGUACUUCAUCUCCCCUUUCUUCUUUUUUAGAUGAAAGUGGAGGUAUUGGGAAGGGUUUGAAUCCUGAGGCUUAGAUGCAUUUUGCAGACACAGAGGUCUCAUAGAGGUGGCCAGAGGUCUGGCUGGGUUGCAGGAGUCCCUGUCUGACUGCAAAAAGCCACAGGAAGGGACAGUUUUGUCUGUAUUUUUUUAAUAUUUUAUACACACGUGUGUGUGUAUAUGUGUAUACUUAGAAACUGCUUGGUUUUUGCACUUUAUUUGUGGCAGAAGCAUAACUACUUUAUUUUUUUUUUCAAGUUGUGCCCCUUAUCAGGGGAAGCCUGAAUACAGGCAACUUUUUCUAUUUGUUUUUAAUUGUAUUUUGCAUGCUG